AUGACUUCAUCAAAUAGCAAAAAAAAAGACAUUUUUAGAGGAACUUAUUUGAUGAGAUUUUUAGAGAUGAUUAGGAUGAAUAAUUAUGCAGAAAUCUCUUUUUCUAUAGUAACAGACCUAAUGAAUCAUAUUUACCAAUAAAAGAUUACCUUACAAUAAUGA